AUGACUACCUGUUUUAAUAGUAGAUUAUUACAUAACCCUCAAUGUAGAGUCAACCAGGAAGAUGCCGAAAAUAAUGUGUGUAAUUGUGAUAUGAAUGUUAGCUAUGUGAACAAAAAAUAUUUUGAAAUCGAACAAUAUUAUGGAAAUAUGAAUUUUAAUAUAGAUUAUUUGAAUCCGGUUUUAAAUCACCCCACUAGGAUUGAACAUGGGAAAAUAAAAAUUUUAAUUUUAGAUGCCCCUACUAAUGAUUUAUUGCCAUUAUAUAUAAAAGAAAUGAGAAAUUAUAAUGUAACAGAUUUAGUGCGAACUUGUGAAAGAACAUAUGAUGAUGAAGAAAUAAAAAAAGCCGGUAUAAAUGUGCAUGAAUUAAUAUUUCCGGAUGGAGAUGCCCCGACUGGUGAUAUAGUUAAUAGUUGGCUUGAUAUAGUAAAUACUGUAAUUAAAAACAAUUGUUCAGUUGCAGUGCAUUGUGUUGCAGGAUUAGGUAGAGCUCCUGUAUUAGCUUCUGUUGUUCUUAUUGAAUUUGGUAUGGAUCCUAUUGAUGCUAUUGUUUUUAUACGUGAUAGAAGAAAAGGUGCAAUUAAUAAAAGACAAUUGCAGUUUUUAAAAAUGUAUAAAAAAAAAAAAAAAAAAAAAAAUUGUUUGAGAAAAUGUCAUUUCAUGUGA